AUGCGCAGUGAUGUCGAGCCGGGAAGAGGGAGCGUGACGGGAGCGGAGCGGGGUGAGGGGAAACCGGGACCGGUGAUCGAACCGAGCAUCGAACGGAACCGCAGGGACGCGAUUGGGGACAAGGACGAGCAGGAGGGACACCGGAAGCGGGGACGGGAGAAAAAAACGGGGCCGGGAAUAACGGAACCGACGGGAGGGGACGGAGGGAAACGGGAGACGGAAACUGGAACCGGAACCGGAACCGGAAACGGCGGAACUGUGCGAAACAAACGGGAACGGGAGGAGGAUGGAGAGUCUGAACCGGAACCGGAACCAACCGUGCGCUAUGGCCGCUUCGACCCCGAGGACCAACGCAGCCGCCACUGCCCCUACCUGGACACCAUCAACAAGAGCGUGUUGGAUUUUGACUUUGAGAAGCUCUGCUCCAUCUCGCUGUCACACAUCAAUGUGUACGCCUGCCUCGUGUGCGGGAAGUACUUCCAGGGCCGGGGGCUGAAGUCCCACGCCUACAUCCACAGCGUCCAGUUCAGCCACCACGUCUUCCUCAACCUCCACACCCUCAAGUUCUACUGCCUGCCCGACAACUACGAGAUCAUCGACUCGUCCCUGGAGGACAUCACGUACGUGCUGAAGCCCACCUUCACGGCGCAGCAGAUCAGCAACCUGGACAAGCAGGCCAAGCUGUCCCGAGCUUACGAUGGCACCACGUACCUGCCCGGCAUCGUGGGGCUCAAUAAUAUCAAAGCCAAUGACUACGCCAACACUGCUACCCAGGCCCUGUCCAACGUGCCCCCGCUGCGCAAUUACUUCUUGGAGGAGGAGAAUUACAAGAGCAUCCAACGUCCCCCCGGUGACAUCAUGUUCCUGCUGGUGCAGCGCUUUGGGGAACUGAUGCGCAAACUGUGGAACCCCCGGAACUUCAAGGCCCACGUGUCCCCCCACGAGAUGCUGCAGGCCGUGGUGCUGUGCAGCAAGAAGAACUUCCAGAUCACCAAGCAAGGGGACGGGGUGGAUUUCCUCUCGUGGUUCCUCAACGCGCUGCACUCGGCCCUGGGGGGCACCAAGAGGAAGAAGAAAAGUGAGUGGGGGCUGCGGGGGCUGCAGGGUGUCCUGUCC